AAAUAUAUCUACAAACAAUGCUUAAAAACUAUACAAACGCCCAUCAUGUAUUUUACCUUCACAUACCGCUUUCAUGCCACACAAUACAGAAUGCUAUUUAGUCAUUUCGUGUUGGUGCUGCGAGUUGGAUCAAAAUAUAAAAAUUCUCGCAAUUUUACCUGUUGAAUAAAAUACAAAAUUUUAACUUUGAUCGAUUGUUGAAAAGUAUACGAUACAUAGAAAUUAAGAUUAGUAAUAAGUAAAUUCAAAUAAUUAAAUCUCAUUAAGUUGUGAUCAUUAGCUACAAUAUUGUUAAGUUUUAUAAGAAAAGUUCUUUUGUAAAGAGAAAAAAAAAACUGGUUUUUUGCGUGCAAUUCAGAGGAAAGGCUUAAAAGAAGAGAACCAAAAGCUGUUGUGUUGAAGAGAAAACGUAUUGGCCGUGAUUUUGGUUGUUCAUUUAUAGCUUGUUUUUGUAUCAACAUCGAUGAGUCAUAGCUCUUCAAUAGACGCGCGAGCACAUAAACUUUUGUGAUGAAACAAAUUUUUCGUCCGAAAAGAAAACUUUUACCGUAAAUAAGUUGAUAAAGAAAUCAAGUGUUUUAGUUUUGUAGCUAUUUCUGAGGAAAUUACGUGAUAUUUUGUGAAUUACUUAUUCGUUAUUAAAAGACAAUCAAAAAUAAGCUGUUUAACAUGCUCCCAUUAGUUUCAACAAUACCGCUGAGUACAUCUGCAUUUACAGCACUUAGCAUAGGCGGUGCUCGAUGCGGCUCAAAAACCUGUGAAAUUUAUGAAUUUUGCUCAAAUUUUCAUAAUGACUGUGAAAGUUGUGAGCCAAUUUGUGAUGAGCAAAACAACAAUUUCGAUAGACAAUCGUGCAUUAAUGAGUGUCAAAAUUAUCUCCAUGAUCGUAGCUAUGUAAAACUAUCGGUUUAUGACGCGGAAAUAAAGAAUCUUAAAAUUUAUCUUACGGUAACAUUUGUGCUUGUUGUGAUCCUCUUGAUACUUUUUAUGGCAUUCAAUGGAAAAAAGUUAUUUAAAAUCUGCAAAAACUCAAUUCCAUCAGUUAAGAAGCCUGUAAAGAAUGUGAAACCAAUAGAACCAAUGACGAUAGCCAAUCCACAAACUGCCAGUCCAAGAAUGCGAAUCAAGGCACAAAAUCAACAGAACAACAAUCACAACUUAAAUCGCUCAUCAAGUAUUUUUACUGUAACUGGCACAGAGUAUGAAGCUAAGACUGUAAGUACACCAAUAUCGACAAGAUAUCCUGCUGAAGAUACACUUACAAGCAGUCCAACUGCUGAUUACUCUUAUGAUAAUCGAGGACUUCAGUUGACACCGGUCACUGAAAAGCCAAAAAUUGAAACGACAUUCUAGUGCAAUUAAGAUAUAAAGUAUUGUAUACAUCACUAGAUUAUUAGUGGGAUUUGAUCUUCAUGUCGUCUAUCAGGGUUGGAACUAGAUGGGAAUAAUUUUGUUAAAAUAGCUCAAAAAUUUAGUUUUCAACAAAAUCAGCAGUCUAGUUCAUUGACAUUCCACUUAAAAUCCCAUUAAACUUCAAGCCCUGCCGUCCACAAAAAAAGCAUGUCGAAUGUUUUCAUGAUACAACAAAGUAUUUAAUUGUAUGAAGAUAAACAAAACGUUAAUUUAAGUUAUUUUAAUUAUUCUAUUCUUUCCUUCUUU